CGAAGACCAAGAAUCGGGGCGACGAAGUCCAUACGCCGUUUUCGGAGAAGAAGCGUCGACUACUUUGGAAAUUGAUUGGUGCAUCGGCGGCAAGCCGGCCGGGGGCGGAGAUAUGAGCGGGGACGAGCACUCCUCCGACGAGUCCGUGAUCGACCGCGGCGAGUAUGAGGCGUCGCGGCAGGACAGCGCUAACGAGCGAGCCGUCAUCUGCGCCUCGGUGGAGGACCUGAAGGCCGAGAUGGGGGUGAGGUUCACGGAGGUGCUGGCAGCCGUGCGUGAUCGGGGCGGCGGGGCCGCCGCGGGUGGCGCUGCCGGAGCUGCACCAGCGCCCGGAUAUGGGGGCGCGCGUGCAGCUGCCGACGUGGCGUCGACGCUCACGUAUGGGGGCGCGAACGCGGGUUACGGGCUCCACCGCGUGGAGUCGAGUCCCGGGUUGCUGCAUGGCGCUGGUCGGUACAGCAGUGGGGGCGGCUUAGGCUUCACUCCCGCGAUUUCGUCCCCGUUUGGAGCGGGAGGCCUUAACGUCGACUCCGGGGGAUACGGGAUGGGCACGGGGAUGUCGCACGCCCAGCGGCGGAUGGAAAAGGUGAUCUCGGACCAGCGGGUGAACGCUUGGAGCGCGGUGAACAGCCGCAUGUGGUGGGUGGUGAUGGGAUGUUUUCCGCCGAAGUUAGAGAAGCCGAGCUUGCAAGGGUUAAUGCAUGAUAGUUUUGAGGUCACGGACGAGGUGGCCGACAUGCUCUUGAACUUCCGUGGCUUUGACCCUGCUGCAUUCGCGCCCCGGGGGGCGGGUGGUGAACGUAUCCCCAUCGCAACGCAUUUGGCCCUCAUGGCGGGGGCCUUCAUCACCAUCGCCCGCCGGGGGAUCGUCGACGAACCGAGGUUGGCGGCGGCAUCGAGAGCGCAGGUGGAUCGUGUCGAAGCCUCGUUCCAGGCGGCCAUCGCCGACGUGGAGCGGCACACUCGGGAGAAUUACGCGGCCAUCCAAGUACCGCACAACCGCGACAUCUUUUUGACUUUCAUCGUCAAGGACAUGGACAUUUACACGCGCGAAGUACAGAUGUUCGCGGACGAGAUGCAGCGGCGCUUCGUUCUCCCUCCGCCAUCGGACGCCCUCCCGCCCCCCCCCCUCCCGGUUUUCCCAAACCUGGCGGCGUAUCUCCGGUCGGGAGGGCUGAUCAAUUCUGCUGUGCAAGGCAAGGGCCGUUCAUCGGCCGCCGCAACGGGUGCCGGGGGGAAGGGCAGCAAGGCCAGGGACCCGGGGCCGUGCUACCAGUUCCAGAAACACGGUACAUGUCGGUGGGGGAAAGACUGCAAGUUCGCGCAUGUGGCGCCGCGGAAGGCCGGCGAAAAGGGAGGAAAACGGGGGGGCAUGACUGGCGGCGGGGCCGAGGAUGGUGGCUCCAAAGGUAGCCCCUCCACCGUCGCGGACACCAACGCUCCUGCCGCCGCCGCCCCAGCGAAGCGGGCCAAGUUGGGAACGGCCGGGACGAAGACUCGCUGCGAAGAGCGGUGCCGGCGGCGGCGCGGAGGACGGCGAUGAGGAAUAGGGGCGCGGGCCCUGCCCCCCGGGGGCGGGAGGGCCGUCUUUCGAUGUCGCGGGGGGUGUGUUCUCGGGUUCGAGCACACACCUCAUACGACCAGGGGCGGCUACUGCGUUGACCCGAGGUGGGGUUGGUAAUUUAGAUGGCAAUGAUGUUAGGCGUAUUGUUUCCAUGGUACAUGCUAUGUCUCAGACCGUCGCCCAAGGUACACCACGUGCAACCGUACUUGCUCAGAUCGCGGUGAAGUGUUUUCGGUUUUUGUCUCAGCAUGGGGGAAGAUUUGAAUGCAUGAAAGCCAUCGAAAACGGCAUCGGGGUGCCGCGGGUACGGCCUGAAUUUAUUCGGUUUUGGUUUGGACGCUUGAAGGGUUUUCCUCACACAGAGACGAUCGCUGAUAUCGUGGAACGUGGCGCCAUAGUGCCCGUGUGUGGAUCUGCCGAAAUCGCAGCAGCGCUAUCGUAUGGUAACCACCGUAGUGUCGUCCCAUAUUCUGACACUAUUUUACGGAAAGUGUUUGACGACGUGCGGUUUGGGCGGGCGUUCGUGUUUCCAAAGACAGAGGAAGACUCGAUACCGGGGUUGCGGCUUUCU